UCCUUAUCGGCCAUUUUUAAUUUAACUCUUUCGUGAAAACUUAUGUAAACACAACAAAGCUACUAAAGGCUUUGAUGGUCACCUACGCCAAAAACACAUCAUAUGUAUGAUCGUUAAAUGUGAUUUUUUAAUAAAUCUAGGUGUCGGAAGAGGACCCUCUCAGCACUGUGGGCUGCACUGAGAACACUGAGAGCCUGCGAUAACAUUACUAUCAGAAAAAAACAUGAGGAAAAAGCAGAAUGUGAAAAACAGGAAGGCAGAAGAGACAACAGUUGUGCAGGAGUUUGCUGUGGAAAAAAUAAUUCAGCGAAGAGUCAAUGAUGGAAAAGUGGAAUACUAUCUGAAGUGGAAAGGCUUCACUGAUGCUGAAAAUACUUGGGAGCCAGAGGACAAUCUGGACUGCCCUGAGCUGAUUGAAGAGUUUCUCAGAAACUUGGCUGUCUCAGGUGAGACAGAAAGCAAGGAAAAUCUCACUCUGGAUCCUGUUAUUCAACCCAAAGAAGAACAGACAGAGCUUGAUGCUAACGCUCAGCAGCAGCAUCACUCUGAGAAAGAGCAGACACUGUGUGAGACUGGGGAAUCUGCAGAUCACAGCACAGAGACCAUCAACAAUAAACCACUUAUGCAGGAACCAGAACGCAUUGUUGGCUCCACUGACCGACAGGGAGAGCUCAUGUUCCUCAUCAAAUGGCACGACACAGACGAUGUGGCACUUCUGUCAGCCAGGGAGGCCAGUGUUAGAUGGCCCAAGAUGGUUAUCAGUUUCUAUGAGGAUAAGCUGAGCUGGCAUGAGGAAGAGGAACAGUAACAAUGAACUAAAUAAUACAUCAUGGCAGCUUUUAUCAUUUCCCCUCAAACACAUCCAAUGGGGUUUCCUGUCUGUGAAAAGUCUUGUGAAAGUGUGUAAAUCCCCAGACACUGUGAACCAUGUCAUAGCACACUGAACUGCACUGUAGGAUGACAUGUUUAUAGGGUAUAGGCUAAAUGGUUGGAUAAUCGGUGCUGUAUUUGAUCUGUAGAUUUGUUUAAAAAGCAUUAUCUUAUUGUUUUACUGUCUUUCAAAUUUGACUUGACUUAAAAAGACCCAAGGGGCCAGAUCAUAUACUAAUGAGAAUGUGGAUAUUAGGAGUAAUCACUGUUACUGUUGGUCUCUGUGUAACUGUUUUAGCACUUCUACUGUGAUUAAGACCAGUGAUCUGUGAAAUUUGUAGUUUUGUUCAUUUGCACAAAGAAAUACAAAUGUAGCAUUUUAAGACCAUGUUUUCUUUGAAAGCACUGAUAACAUAGUGUGAUAUUUUAUUACAUCUCUGCCAGUGCAGUGCAUUGUGUUGCAAAAUGUAGUUUCUGUUUCACUUUCAUGGUCUUUUUAUGGUUUAUUUGUGGUUUUUAAUCAAGAGCAAGAAUAAUAAAUGUCAGAUUAACAUGAAAA